CAUGGCAGUGAAAUCAUGAAAUUAGAUGACUGCUGUAGUUUGUUUUGUUAGACAUUUUAAAAGUGAUAUCUCUUAAAAAAAUAAAAAUGAAAUUACGGUGUCAAUAGUUAAUAUGAGUGAGAGAAAAUUCACCCGGGCUUUAGGUAAGCCUGGGAUGGCUGCACAACUCAGAGAAACAGUUUCUCAAGUUGUUCGUGAGAGUACAGUCCAGAACAAACCGCAUUUAGUGGAUCCAAUAGAUUUUGAAAGUUUUAUAUUAAAAAAUAAAACAUUAAUGCAAAAUGAUCCACAGCGUGAGCUAUUACUUUAUCCACCAGAUGAUGUGUCUCAAGUUGUAUUACCGAAAAGAUACCGAACAAUACAACCAAUUGUACAGAAUAUUUUAGAACAGUCAGACGGUAGUGAGAGUCUUUUAACGAAAGAAUGUUUAAAAAGUUAUGCAUCAAAUUGGAAUUUAGUUCACUAUAAAUAUGCCGCGUACAGCGGCUCAUAUCUUGAUUUACCAAAGCUAUCAAAAGGUAAUGAGCUAAAGGAGGAAAUUUAUGAGAUUGAUACGGAUGUAGAUCAAGUGGAUGAGGAAAUGAUGAAAAGUGAUGGUAUUACAAAAGAGGGAUAUUUAAUGAAAGGUCCGGAGAUUGGUAGUAGUGAUCGUAUGUUUGUCAAUAUUGGAUCUAAAUCAUUUAAACGACGUUUUUGUCAUUUAAGACAAGAAGUUGAUGGGACUUAUAUUCUUGAAUUGUUUAAAGAUGAAAAAAAAGGUGAAGCUAAACUUACAAUUGUUAUGGAUUUUUGUACUGAUGUUGUGAGAAAUCCAAAACGCGGUAGGUUUUGUUUUGAAUUACGCAUGAGUAGUACUCAUAAAUUUUUUACAUUUGCUGCUGAUAAUGAAACAGAAAUGCAAGAAUGGCUAUUAAAAUUGAGUUCAGUCUUACAGCAUUAUAAACAGCAAGAAGAAAAACGUGCUGCUUCAUUAGAACGUACUUGUCAUACACCACCGCCAUCACCUGUACCAGUACAAACUUAUGGUACAUUAAAAGGAUUAGACCAAAGUAUGAAUCCACAAUUGAUUAAAUAUUCACGUGAAACGGAUACAAGUAUAUUAUUAAGUAGACGAGAAAAUAGAAAACGUUUAUUUAGUUUAUAUCAUCAUUUAACGCUUGGUAAAACCCAAGGUAAUUUAAUUGAUCGAAAUAUUGAUCCUUACAAAGAACAAUUUGGACAAAGAAUAUUCAUAAAAUGUGAAACAUUAAAGUUUCGAUUACAAGCACCUAUUGAAGAAAAUGAAUCUCUAUGUCAAGUUGAACCUUAUUACACAACAUUGAGUUUAUUUGACGCAAGAAAUGGUAAAAAAUUAUCGGAAAAUUUUCAUUUUGAUAUUAAUCAUGAAAUAGUACGUGACAUAAUUCAACAAUUGAGUCCUGUAAGUGAAUUAACAGAUAAUGAUAAAGCGGAAUUACCAAGUGAAUUUAAAAAUAUACCAGAUAAUUGGAUAAAAUAUCCAAAUCAAGCAAUAUUCAGUAUUAGUAAUCCACAUCCUGAUAUUUUUCUCGUUGUAAGAAUUGAAAAAAUACUACAAGGAAGUAUUUGUCAAACAUCUGAGCCUUAUAUUCGCGCUACAAAGGAUCCUCGGUUAGGUCUUAAAGUACAUAAAAAUGUACGAGCCUGCUGUCAGAGACUCGGCAAUUAUCGUAUGCCAUUUGCUUGGUCAGCGAGACCGCUAUUUAGACUUUACAGUAACGAGCUUGAUACAUCGUCAGACUUUCCAGCAAUUUACCGACAAGAAAGUAAUAAAAUGCGGGAUGAUGAGAUACUAAAGAUGCUUACAGAGUACAGAAAACCUGAUAAAUUAAGUAAAUUAACUGUUAUACCUGGUUGGAUAAAACUUACAAUUGAACCACUAUCUGAAAUUCCUGAAAAUACACUAACCACAUCUUAUGCGCCAUUGAAACCAUUUCCUUUGCCGCCUGUUAAUAAUCCAACGUACGAAAUAGCUGAAUUUGAAAGUACAUCUGAAAAAGAUGUACAUCCUUAUACAACAUAUAUUAAUCAUUUGUAUAUUUAUCCUCAAGUUUUAAAUUUUGAUACACAAAAAAUUUUCACAAGAGCAAGAAAUAUUGCUUGUAUUGUUGAAUUACGUGAUAAUGACAAUGAAAAUGCUAAACCAUUGAGAUGUAUUUAUGGUAAACCUGGCUCACAAAUAUUAACAACACGUGCCAGUUGUACUGUUUUACAUCACAGUGCAGUACCAUCAUGGUAUGAAGAAAUAAAAAUGAGAUUACCUACAAAAUUACACAAUAAACAUCAUAUUUUAUUUUCAUUUUAUCAUAUUAGCUGUGACAUGCGAAAAAAAGAAAAUGGUGUUGAAAAUUGUGUUGGUUAUUCAUGGAUGUUGUUAUUGCAUAAAGGUAAAUUAACAGUUGAUAUGGAAAAUAAUGUACAAACAUUACCAGUUGCAACAGAUUUACCACCAGGUUAUUUAUCAAUUCAACCUCUUGGUCUUGGUAAAGGCAAUGCUGGUCCCGAUAUCACUUGGAUUGAUGCACAGCGACCAAUAUUUAAUGUAUCGUUUCAAUUAGCAUCAACGGUAUUUACACGAGAUCCACAUUUACAUAAUUUAUUUAUACAUGCGGAAAAAAUAUUGGAUAAUAAAUUGUCUGGUAUACCGUCUGAUUCUGAAACAUGUAAAAUAUUAAAAGCUGCUCAUGCAAUACAACUAGUUACUGCAAUAACAUUCCUACCAACAAUAUUAAAUCAAUUAUUUUCAUUACUAACGUGCAAUCCAAGUGAUGAAGUUGGUCUUUAUAUUAUACGAUUGUUAAUACAUAUUAUUAAUUUAAUUUAUAAAGCUCAAAGAAAAGAUAUUAUCAAUGCUUAUGUUAAAUUUGUAUUUAUGUUACCUUCAAAAAAUACCGCGACAACAACAGUACAUGAACAACUUGCUAAAUUUUUACCUACUUUGUUACAUCCAAAUAAUCCUGAUUUUUUGGUUGUCAAUAAAUUUAUGCAUCAUUCCAAUUUUUUCUUUGAUAUUAUGGUUAAAAGUAUGGCACAACAUAUGCUCACUAGUGGACGAAUUAAAAUGCAUCGUAAUGAAAGAUUUACAAAAGAUUAUCAUGAUAGCAUUAAAAAAUUAUUACAAGUUCUUACACCAUAUCUUAUGAAUAAAUAUAAAGAUAUGCCGGUUGAAACACAUGAACUUAACAAAAGUCUUGCACAAUUUUUAAAAAAAUGUCUUACAUUUAUGGAUCGUGGAUUUGUAUUUUCAUUAAUUAAUGACUAUAUGGACAAUUUUUCACCAGGGGAUGCUCGGACCUUGCAAGAUUUUAAAUUUACAUUCCUACAAAUAAUAUGUUCACAUGAGCAUUAUGUGUCAUUUAAUUUACCCAUGAUGCAGACACGUGUUACAAGUAAAGAUUUAAUGUUGGAGUAUUGUUUGUCUCAAGAUUUCUGCAAGUAUCAUUUUCUUGUGGGCUUAUUAUUACAAGAAGUUAAAUCAUCAUUAAAUGAAGUUGUACAAAUUCGUAAAGUUGCUAUAGCUACUCUACGUGAUUUAUUAGCAAAACACGAAUUGGAUGAUAGAUAUCAAAAUAAGGGCCAAUUAAGUCGUAUUGCUGCUAUUUAUAUUCCAUGGUUGGGUAUUGUUUUAGAAAAUUUACAUAGAUUACAAUCAGUUUAUGAGACUGAUCUUAAGACUGAAUUAAAACAAAAUCACGCCAAUCGAUUGUCAAGCAGCAGCAGUAACUGUUUAAUAAAUAAAGAUCCAGUUAAUGGAGUUACAGUUACAGAUACACCUAAAUCUGUACACAGAUUUACACUACAUUUGGAUUCACAAUCUCCAAUAAGAGCAUCAAUGCAUCUUAGAGAUUCUACUUAUUUUGCGGCUAUUGCUGGACAAGGUUUAGUCAAUGGAUUUUCUUGUACUAGUAUUGAAUCAAGUACAUCGACAUUAUCGAGUACAUCUCAUUCAAUUGUUUCACAAGAAACUACAAUAGCUCGAGAACCUGUAGAAAAUGGUGUAUCUGAAAAAAAAGGUCAUUCUCGAUCAGUUAGUGUCACUCAGACAUCAUCAAGAUGUGAUAAACUUCAGUCAUCUGAAAUGAAAGAUUUAUUAUUAUGCUUUUUGUUUGUUGUUAAAUAUUUGGGUGAUCAUCAAAUAAUUGCAUGGUGGCAACAAUGUUCUGAAACAGAAAUAAUAAGUUUUUUUAGUGUAAUUGAAAUGGGUUUAUAUCACUUUAAAUAUGUUGGUAAAAGAUUAAUUAUAGCAAACACGAGUGCUACUAAUAGUGGAAAACCUAAGACUGUAAAGGCCAUGACAUUGCCAGCUCGAAUGGCACCACCAGAUUUUUCAAAUGAUGCAUCUGGUACUGGUACAUUACAACCACAUAAUACUUCGACACGUGAAAAUUUAGUUGAUGAAGAUAAUGCACUUAAUCAUCAGGCAUUAUUAGAAGCAAAUAUGGCUACUGAAGUUGGAUUAAUUGUUCUCGAUUGUCUUGGAUUAUUUUGUAUUCAUUUUAAAGAUAUACUUCUUGUAAAUGAUGGAGACAAUCCUGUAAUGCAAAAACUUUUCAAUAUUUAUUUAUCAUUUCUUCAACUUGGUCAAUCUGAAACAUUAUUUCGUCAUGUUUUUGCAAGUCUACGAGCCUUUUUAAAUAAUUAUUCAACUGCAUUAUUUAAAGGUAAUGCAGUAUUUUGUGGACGUCUUUGCUAUGAAUUAUUACGUUGCUGUAAUAAUAAAUUAAGUUCGAUAAGACAAGAAUCGUGUGCAUUGCUUUAUUUAUUAAUGCGUAGUAAUUUUGAAUUCACCAAUAGAAAAGGUUUAAUUCGUGUACAUUUACAGGUGAUAAUAUCAGUAUCACAAAUGCUUGGUAAUGUAAUUGGAUUAAAUAACUCACGAUUUCAAGAAUCACUUUCGCUUAUCAAUAGUUAUGCGACAUCUGAUAAAGUGAUGAAAGGUACUGGUUUUCCAGUUGAAGUUAAAGAUUUAAAUAAAAGAAUCCGUACUGUGCUAAUGGCUACUGCACAAAUGCGAGAACAUAACAAUGAUCCGGAAAUGCUUGUUGAUUUACAACACAGUUUAGCCAAUUCAUAUGCUAGUACACCGGAAUUACGGCAUACUUGGCUUGAAACUAUGGCACGUAAUCACGCCAGAGAUGGAAAUUACUCUGAGGCGGCCUGUUGUCAAUUACAUAUCGCUGCUUUAAUGGCCGAGUAUUUAAAAUUAAAAAAAAUUCAUUUAUGGGGAGCUGAAGCAUUUGACAAAAUAUCUGUUAAUAUUUCUAGAGAUGAACGAGGACUUAAGCUCGAUGCUGGUGAGAUUUGGGUGCAAGACAUUCAUUAUAAUGAAUCAACUCUGUUGGAACAAUUGGAGAGUUGCGCUGAAAUGUUAGAAAAAGCUGAACGUUUUGAAUUACUGGGACCAUUGUAUCGUUUAAUUGUUCCCAUUUAUGAAAACAAGAGAAAUUAUAAUGCAUUAGCUAAUUGUUAUUCUCAUUUGACUCAAGCAUGUAAUAAAAUUGUUGAAGUCACUAAAACAGGAAAAAGAUUACUCGGAAGAUUUUAUCGCGUUGCAUUUUUUGGAUCUGCAUAUUUUGAAGAAGAAAAUGGUCAAGAAUAUAUUUAUAAAGAACCUAAAGUAACAUCAUUACCAGAAAUAUCUGAACGAUUACAACGAUUAUACGCUGAAAAAUUUGGUGUAGAAAAUGUUAAAAUGAUAAUGGAUUCAGCGCCAAUCAAAUUAAAUGAUCUUGAUCAAAAAAUGGCUUAUAUUCAGGUUACGCAUGUGACACCGUAUUUCGAAAAAAUGGAAUUAGAAUCACGAUUAACGGAAUUUGAACAAAAUCAUGAUGUUUCAUGUUUUAUGUUUGAAACUCCAUUUACUCAUGAAGGUAAACCACGUGGUAAUCCUGAAGAUCAAUGGAAACGAAGGACAAUAAUAACAACACAAUAUUCAUUUCCAUAUAUUAAAAAACGUAUUCCAAUACUAGAAAAGAAAAUAAUUGAAUUAACACCAAUAGAAGUGGCAUUAGAUGAAAUGAGACAACGCGUACAAGAAUUAGAAGAUGUUGCAUUAAUAGCACCAACUGAUGUUAAAAAAUUACAGUUACGACUUCAAGGCAGUGUUUGUGUUACUGUUAAUGCUGGACCGUUAACAUAUGCAUCAGCAUUUUUAGAUCCUGCAUUAUCACCACAAUACCCUGAUGACAAAGUUGACGAAUUGAAAGAUGUGUUUAGAGAUUUUAUUAAAAUCUGUUACACAGCAUUACAAAUAAAUAGUAAACUUAUUACUAAUGAUCAGCAUGAAUACCAAGAAGCCCUUAGAGAAAAUUAUCAAAAACUCUGUCAAAAUUUAUCGUCAUUACUUGGAGAAUCUGUGUGGCCUGAUGAUCAGGUUGGAAGUUUUAAACGCAACAGCGCGGCUCUUUUUAGUGCAAUCAGUGGAGCUAAUAAUCAUACAAGUAUUGCUUAAUAUUACCAUGACAAAAUAGAUUUCCAUUAGAUAGGAUUUUUUUUUUCAAUAGGCCUCUCGAUUACCAGGACACAAAUAUUUAUAUAAUAACAAUUUCUAUAAAUCUUUUUACAUAAUUUUUAUAAAUUUAUACUUAGAAUGAAUACCAAAACUUUCAGUAAGUAUUUACGAAACUUUGUCAGUUGAAAUAAAUUUACAAAGAAAAAUUCAAUAACACUUAUACCAUGACAGGAAUUAAAAAAUAAUUAUAAGAUAAUAUCUAAACAAAAAAAAAAAUUUUAAAAAGUCUGAUAAUAGAUAAGUCAAUAAAUAGUUGAUAUUAUUAUAAAGCACAUGGAUCUAAUACUUGACAAGCGUUAAACAAAUUAAUAGCUUCAAGUUAUUUGUUUUUGUAACUUUCAGUCAAAAAUUUUUUUUAAAUUUAUAUACAUUAGAAUAGUCGUUAAAAAUUAAAUUUUCUCAGGCGCCCCAUAAAAAGCUUCUUUUUAGUGGAAAAAUAAGUGGGGAAUUUGGUGUUUUCUUUUUAAGUAAAAAGAGCAUGUGCCUCAGGACGAUCAAAGUUCAUUUUUCGAUACAAUAGUAGUUUUUUUAAAUACCUCAUGAAAUAUGCAGAUUAAAGGGAAAAAUCAGAAGAACAAUUUUGUAGGAAUUUAAAUUUUUGACAAAAAAGGUCAUAUUCAUUUUUUUUUAUAAAAUGUGUAUUUACAAAGAUACUUUCAAAAAACUUGUUUAGAUCUUAUCAAUUGAGCAUUGAAAGGAUUACGUUUGUUAAAAAUAAAGUUUUUUCCUUAAAUAUAGACAACUUCGUAACUCGUGACAUAUCAAUCAUUAAUGCUUGUUUUAGUUUCUAUAUACUUAGACGAAUGUUAUUUUUAACAUUUAUAAUCCUUAAAACGCUCAAUUCAUAAGAUCUAAAAAAAGAUUUUUUAAAAUAUCUUCAUAAAUACACAUUUUAUAAAAAAAAAUGAAUACGCCCUUUUUUGUGAAAAACUUAAGGUCCUACAAAAUUGUUCUUAUAAUUUUUUCCUUUAAUUUGCAUAUUUCAUGAGAUAUUUCAAAACAACAGCGAUUGUAUCGAAAAAUGAACUUUGAUCGUCCUGAGGCACGUGUUUUUUUGACUUAGAAAGAAAAAAGCAAAUUCCCCACUUAUUUUUUUACUAAAAAGAAGCUUUUUAUGGAACGUCUGAAAAAAUUUAAUUUUUAACGACCACCCUAAUAUACAUAUACAUAUAUAUAGUAUGGUGCGUCAUUUCAGUGCAAAAUUUUUUUUUAUUAAGUGCAUGUGGAAAAAAUCAUAGUUCAACACAAAAAAAAAUUUUUUUCGUGCAAGAAAAAAAAUUCUAUGUCGAUUACAGACCUAGCUCAUUGAAAAAUUCGAUUUCCCAUUUAAAUAAAACCGGAAUUUUUUUUUUAAGCUUUGAAUAUUUUUAACUCGUUAACAGAUCAAUAGAUCGAAUAGACUAAUAAAUAAUUUUGUAGGAAAUUGAACGCUCUACAAAAAAGGUCUCUUAUCAUUUUUUGAUAAAUUCAUCUGUUCAAAAGUUAUUGAGCUCGAAGUAAAGUUCGAGAUCUUUUUACUUUUCCGACGAAACUAUCAGACUUAUCGCAAAAUGUUAUAGGAUCUUUUUUGUUGAAAAUUUUAUUCUCUACAAAUUAUUACCAGUCAAGUUUUUUUUAAUUCCGCAUUGUUUUCUAGUUAUUUUCAUUUUUAUUUCAAGCUUUUAAAAAAGUAGUGUUCUGAUCGAUUUCAAGAGCUCGACAUUAAAAUAAAAAUAAUUAGAAAACAAUGCGGAAUUUAAAAAAACUUGACUGGUAAUAAUUUGUAGAGAAUAAAAUUUUCAACAAAAAAGAUCCUAUAACAUUUUGCGAUAAGUCUGAUAGUUUCGUCGGAAAAGUAAAAAGAUCUCGAACUUUACUUCGAGCUCCAAUAACUUUUGAACAGAUGAAUUUAUCAAAAAAUGAUAAGAGACCUUUUUUGUAGAGCGUUCAAUUUCCUACAAAAUUAUUUAUUAGUCUAUUCGAUCUAUUGAUCUGUUAACGAGUUAAAAAUAUUCAAAGCUUAAAAAAAAAAUUCCGGUUUUAUUUAAAUGGGAAAUCGAAUUUUUCAAUGAGCUAGGUCUGUAAUCGACAUAGAAUUUUUUUUCUUGCACGAAAAAAAUUUUUUUUUGUGUUGAACUAUGAUUUUUUUCCACAUGCACUUAAAAAAAAAAUGUUGCUCCGAAAUGACGCACCCUAAUAUAUAUAUAUAUAUUAGGGCGUUUCAAAAAAUGACAAAUUUUUUUUUCUUCUCGGAAACAGGUUCAAAAGUUUCAUUUAAAUAUAAAAAGACGCCUGUGAAAAUUAGAGCUCUUAAUAUUAACAUUAAGAGGUGGAAGAUGGAAAAAAUUUUUUUUGCGUAUUCUGAUUUUUAUAACUAGCUAACGAUGCGCCGUAGGAAAAAUCUGCAGAUAUAUUUUUGUAGAGAAUUGAAUGCUCUACAAAAAAAGUUUCUUAUCAUGUUUUGAUAAAUCCAUCUGUUCAAAGGUUAUUGGAGCUUGAAGUCAAAUUUAUAGUAAAUUUUGAGAUCUUUUUACUUUUCCGGCGAAACUAUCAGACUUAUCACAAAAUGUCACAGAAUCUCUUUUGUAGACAAUUUUAUUUCUUACAAAUUACCUCUUAUAAAGUUUUUUAAAAUUCCGCAUUGUUUUGUAGUUAUUACUAUUUUAAUACCAAGCUCUUAAAAAAAGGAGUGUUCUGAUCGAUUUCAGAAGCUUGACAUUAAAAUGGGAAUAACUAGAAACCAAUGCGGAAUUUUAAAAAACUUUAUGAGAGAAAGUUUGUAAGGAAUAAAAUUGUCUUCAAAAAAGAUACUGUGACAUUUUGUGAUAAGUCUGAUAGUUUUGCCGAAAAAGUAAAAAGAUCUCAAAAUUUUACUAUAAAUUUGACUUCAAGCUCCAAUAAUUUUUGAACAGAUGGACUUAUCAAAAAAUGAUAAGAGACAUUUUUUGUAGAGCAUUCAAUUCUCUACAAAAUUAUAUCUGCAGGUUUUUCCUACGGCGCAUCGUUAGCUAGUUAUAAAAAUCAAAAGACGCCAAACAAAUUUUUUUCAUGUUAUUCUUAUGGGAAAUAGAAAAGUGCGAUGCGGAACCCCUUAAUCUUAAUAUUAAGAACUCUAAUUUUCACAGGCGUAUUUUUAUAUCUAAAUUAAACUUUUGAACCUGGUUCCGAGAAGAAAAAAAAUUUUGUUAUUUUUUGAAACACCCUAAUAUAUAUAUAUAUAUAUAUAUAUAUAUAUAUAUAUAUAUAUAUAUAUAUAUAUAUAUAUAGUUACAUUUUAUUGCAUAAUUAUUUGUGCACUAAUAUAAAAUAUAUUCGUCCGUACGCACAUCAAUUAUGACUAUUGAUAAAUUAAAAAAUAAAAUGUGCUAAAAAAAAAAUAUUAUGUAAAUGUACUUUGUUGUUAGAAUGCUACAUUUGAGUGUGAUUUCUUGUUAAACAGUAAAUACUGGCAUGAAUAUAAUUUUAUAAAAAAGUGAAAUGAUAUUUAAUUAUAUUUGGAUUUAAUAAUAAAAAUAAUUUGUUUGUCUUUCUAACUUUCUUUCAAUAUGUGAUAUAUUUUAACAUG